AUGAUGGAGAAGAAGGAGAACUGGGAAGCAGUUAAAAGGACAGCUACGACGAUAUUAAAAGCAAAGGAACAAGAGAUGAAGAGGGGGGAGAAAAGCAAAUCCAGUCAGUGGAGGAAAAGUAAAAGGCAGCAACAUCGACAGGAAUUUCCAGGGUCUUCGUGCAGCACAGAUCACCAAGUAACAAGUCAAGGGAGUACCAACAAGACAAGGGAGUACCUGGACAUCUCUUGGCGAAAAGAAAGCAGCGGGGAACGGCAGCGAGUCAGAGAAUCAAAGCAGUCGAAAGAAGAGCAUGGUCAUAUCGUACAGAAUUGCACAUCUAAGGGUUGCAAGCAUUGCGGAAAGAAACACAAUUCGUUAUUGCAUGUAGAUAAGCCGGAACAAGUACCAAAAAACACAUUAAAUGCGAGCAGCAGUCAAUCAGGGGUAGAGUUGACUGAUACAAACUGCAAAAUACAAGGGAUUAACAGUGAUACCACUUCAUUAACAGCAAACGUUAAGGUACAUUCAGAGAUAUUAUUAUCAACGGCUUUGGUUCUCAUAAAAGACAAAUUCGGGAAAUCACAUGAAUGCAGAGCAUUGUUAGACUCUGGUUCUCAGUCCAAUUUCUUAACGAAAGAAUUAUGUGACAGGUUACAACUAUCAGUUCGAAAAACAAACGUGCCGGUAGCAGGAAACAUUAAUCUAGCGGACACCACUUUCAAUAAAUCGGGCAAGAUAGACAUUUUACUUGGAGCUACCAUAUUUUGGGAUUUACUUUGUGUGGGACAAAUAAGGUUAGGAAAAGGUUUGCCUAUCAUUCAGAAAACAAAGUUAGGUUGGAUAAUUUCGGGAACGGUACCCCCUACGCAAUCAAGUCUGACUAAGCAAACACGAAUCUGCAAUCUUAGUGUAGAACAAAACGACAAUCUAAACCUACAAGAUCAGUUGGAAAAGUUUUGGAGAAUAGAAAACGUCCAGAAUCACCAUAUUUUAUCAAAAGAAGAAAGGGUAUGCGAAGACAUUUUUGUCAAAACGACAGAGCGAAACGGAGAUGGAAGAUUUAUAGUAAAUUUACCAAUACGUGACAACUUGGAAGAAUUAGGAAAUUCGUACUCAAGGGCAUUGAAGCGAUUUAACAAUUUGGAAAAAAGGUUGGCAUCAAAUGAGGAGUUUGGAAAACAGUACAGGGAUUUCAUGAAAGAAUAUGAAGAUCUAGGGCACAUGACAAAGAUCGAAGAUCAUUUGACCAAUGAAACACAUAAGGUCGUGUAUUACUUACCUCAUCAUGGAGUCUUACGCGAAUCCUCACAAACGACAAAACUUCGUGUUGUUUUCGAUGGUUCAGCUGAAACAGAUACAGGUGUUUCUUUAAAUCACAAAUUAAUGGUUGGUCCAAAAAUCCAGGAUGACUUGUUCGACAUUCUAAUCAGAUUUCGUAAGUAUAAUUGCGUUAUCGCAGCGGACGUCGCAAAAAUGCACCGCCAAGUACUGAUAAAAGAAGAACACAGGGACCUGCAGAGAAUUCUUUGGAGACCAUCAAUUAAUGAGCCAAUCGGUCAUUACCAUCUAAACACUGUCACAUAUGGGACGGCAUCAGCAUCCUUUCUAGCAAUACGAUGUUUACAACAAGUAGGUCUUGACAAUAAGGACAAAUUUCCUGCAGCGAGUAGGGUCAUUUUAAAGGAUUUUUACGUUGACGAUCUACUAUCUGGUGCACAGUCAUGGGAGAUGACUAGGCAACUUCGGCAAGAAUUAUCAGCAAUUCUCAAUGAAGCAGGAUUUCCAUUAAGAAAAUGGUUGUCUAAUGACGAUCUAGUGUUAGAAGAUAAAGCUAAUACGGAGCAUCAAAUUGAACACUUCCUUUCGGAUGACAAAGUUUCAAAAACAUUGGGACUUCUUUGGAAUUCAAACACUGACGUGUUGCAGUAUAAGGUAAAUUUACACAGCCCACAAUGCAGAGCAACAAAGCGGUCAAUUCUCUCCGUUGUGUCUCAAAUAUUUGAUCCACUAGGAUUAGUUGGUCCAACAGUAAUAAAGGCAAAGAUCUUGUUACAAAAAUUAUGGCAAUUAAAGUUCAGUUGGGAUGAGGCUGUGCCUCUAGAAAUACACACAACUUGGAUUCAAUUUUUAGAACAAAUUAAUUUUAUCAAUAUGAAGAUUAGAAUACCAAGACAAGUAAUUUGCAAAGAACCAAUCGAUAUUCAAUUACAUGGGUUUAGCGAUGCAUCUAUGUCAGCAUAUGGGGCUUGCAUUUUUAUCAGAUCGACGGAUGCAGACAAUAAUCACGAAGUUCAGCUACUAUGUGCAAAAUCGCGCGUUUCACCAUUGAAGACAAUAUCUCUUCCCAGGCUCGAAUUGUGCGGUGCAUAUCUGUUAGCAAAAUUAACUAAAAAUGUUUUACAUGCAAUUGGUUUAGAAGUGAACAAAGUGUACUUAUGGUGCGACUCUACCAUAGUACUAGCAUGGAUCGCUGGAGAACCCAACCAAUGGAAAACAUUCGUAGCAAACCGAACUUCAGAAAUUCAGCAGAUCACUGAAGGGUUUGAAUGGAAGCAUGUCAUGUCAGAUGACAAUCCUGCGGAUAUCCUCUCCAGAGGAUUGGAUCCAAGUAAACUAGCGGAAUACCCCACUUCUCCGAUAUAA